AUCACCUGCACAGCAAAAUCCCAAAAAGCACUACUUUCUCUCUCCUUCAUUUCUCACAUUCAUCGCCAAAGACAACAACACCACCUCUCUCCUUCUACUAUUUGCUUCCUUAACCGUAAUCCAUUUGUCGCCUUUUCAACUACUUUACGGAUCAUCAUCUUCCAUUCUCGCAAAGAUCUUUAGGGGAAAAAAGUGAGAAUGUCUUUUCUCGGCACACAGGAGAAGUGCAAGGCUUGUGAGAAGACUGUUUAUCCUGUUGAACUUUUGUCUGCGGAUGGAAUUCCUUAUCAUAAGUCUUGUUUCAAGUGCACCCAUUGCAAGGGAACUCUUGUGCUGAGCAAUUACUCCUCAAUGGAAGGUGUUUUAUACUGCAAGCCUCACUUUGAGCAGCUCUUCAAGGAGACAGGCAACUUCAACAAGAAUUUUCAGUCACCUGCAAAGUCAGCUGAGAAGUUAAGUCUAGAACAGACGAGGUCGCCUAACAAAGCAGCGAGCAUGUUUUCUGGUACUCAAGAUAAAUGUGCUACUUGUGCUAAGACAGCUUAUCCAUUGGAGAAGGUAACCGUGGAGAGUCUAACAUAUCACAAGUCAUGCUUCAAAUGCUCUCACGGUGGAUGUGCCAUAACUCCAUCAAGCUAUGCAGCUCUUGAAGGAAUAUUGUACUGCAAGCAUCAUUUCUCUCAACUUUUCAAGGAGAAGGGAAGCUACAACCACCUUAUUAAAUGCGCAUCCAUGAAGCGAGCAGCAACAGCAGCAACAGCUGCUGCAUCUGUUGUUCCAGAUGCUUGAUCAGGUUUUCUCUCUUAUUUCGAAAAUUGAGAUUUUUUUUCCCAUGAUUUGGGCAUUCCUUCAUAUGGUGAAAUUGUGUGUAUCUUCUUCAUCUUUUGGUAUUCUCUUUAUGGAUUAUUAUGUGGGCUCUCUUUGUCACUUUGUGUUUGGAAUCUUGUGUUGUUUGUUUGGUACAUCAAAUUGUUCAUUUUUCUCUAAUGGUGAGAAAACUUUCAUGGAUUAAUAUUACUU